CCUGAACACACUUUUGGCCCGAUACUGUGUCAUAAGUCGAAUAUGCAAUGCAUGUUUUCCUUCACUUGCAUUCCUUUGUCGCACUUCUUGUUUGCCAGACGGUUUCAACCCUAAAAUCAGUUUGUGUUCUCGACCCAGCUGGUGGAAGCCCGAGAUCAACGGCGACGGCCAAUCGGCUAUGGGCUGUCGCCCAAAAGGCUCUAACGAAGAGUCUAUGUCACACAGCAACAGUUGAAUCGUUGCCGAGUCCUUAAGGCUUGGGUCAGCCGAGAGGAUUCACCGGUCACAACCCGUGCUGCCUCGCCGCCGUCCAUAUGAGUGAGCGAUUUGGUCUUCUCUGGGUACGAGUUUGCAGGUGCUCUCCUGUCCAUCCUUAAGCUAGCAUAUCAGGCAGGUCGAUGCUGUGUGCUCCCUCCUUUGCUCGAUUGAAAUCUCUCACUUGGUCAUGAUUGGAAGGAUGCCAUCUAGCACGUGAGACGGCCACGAGCAUGGCGUCGUCCCACGGCACGUCUAACUUACAACAUGCCCCCUAUCACUGCUUCUCACUGCUUCCAAUACGCUCGUCAAAGGGCUUACACAGCGUUCGAAAUCAACCUCAAUCAUAGCCUUACUACAGCGAUUCAAUAAAACGGACACUCGCGUGGUGAUU